CCGCCUCUGCUCCGCCGCGCCGCCAUUGGACCGAAGCCCCGCUGCCCUCCCGUCCCCAAGCUACGACCGCGUGAGCCGCGCCCCAUUCCGUACUGCUGCCCCGCCACUGCUUGCCCCCCCCCCCCCCCUCCGGCUCCCCCGCCUGCGACGGCGCGGCUCGACGGCAGUGCUCCCCCGUACCCUCCGGCCUCCGUCGGCUACUGGCUGCCCUCCGCACCUCCUACUCCGAGCGCCGACGCCGAGGGAGACGCAGGGGGGAGUCGUUGGCCUGCUGCACUGCUUCCCCGCUGCUCAGCUCUGGACAGGGAGAGCCCACAUGGACAUGAACGAAGAGCAGCCUCGUGUCGAAGAUCGGUGCAUACCAUGGUCGGAUGGGACGCAGCUGCUCGAAGACGCGGCAGAAAGAAAGCAUUUCCUCCCUACCGGACUCGAAGGCAUCGACACGCUUCUUGGAGGUGGGCUGCGCAAAGGCCAGUUGACAGAAAUAACCGGCCAGUCAUCUUCGGGUAAAACGCAGGUCUGUCUGUAUUCUGCUGCUCAUGUUGCAGCAAGGCAUAUGGGUGCUGUUCUCUACUUGGAUACUAGUAAUUCAUUCUCCCCUAGCCGAAUUGCUUGUAUUCUGGAUGAACUUCCCGUCUCUUUGAUCAAAGAGCCGAAGGAUGUGAGGCUUAAGAGGGUCAUGAGCAGUAUCAUUUGUGAGUCCGUAUUUGAUAUAUUUGCUUUGUUUGAAGUACUAGAUCAACUUGAAGUCUCAUUGAAUGGCAAGGUACAUCAUGACGGUAACAAGAUAUGCCUGCUUAUCAUUGACUCUGUAUCAUCUCUACUUGCUCCCAUUAUUGGCGGGGAGAAUUCACAAGGGCGGUCGAUGAUGAUAUCGGUGGCGAUGAUUCUUAAGAAGUUGGCACAUAAGCACAAUCUAUCUGCUCUGGUAACGAAUCAUAUGGUCGCCGGGAACGAAGCUCCAAAGCCUGCCCUUGGUGAGAGCUGGAAGGCCGUUCCACAUAUUCGCCUGAUGGUCUCUCGUGACCGUCGGAGCAAUAUCUGCACAGCGACGACGCUGAAGCACACACUACUGGCUUCUGGUCGCCGUAUGAAAUUUCAGCUUCUACCUGCAGGCUGAAUUCGCCGAGCAUGCGUGGUGUUUGAGGAGAAACUACGGGUUGUAUCUGGAGAAAUGUGCGGCUGCACACGGCGACAAUUGGGCAUGACUAUCGACAGCUUCACUGGCGUCAAGACUCAGACUUGGCCAGCUCCCUUGCGUAUAAUAGUGACCGAACGAUUUUCUUUGCAUGUAUCAUAGGCGCGUCAGAUGUACUCCCUCCGUUCGGAAGUACAAGAUGUUUCAAAUAUUUUAAUAUAUAAACCACAUAUGGAUGAAA